UUCGAAAUAUUCUAAAAAUUAUGGUCUGCUCUUAUAAAAGCCUGUCAGUUGUAUUCUGAAAUAUAGGUAGCUGGAAGAUCGCACUGGUCAGCAAGAUGUUUAAACUUGCUGCGCUCCUUUUAGUUUUAUACUCCACUACCAGUCAAGGACAACAAGUAACAUGGAAACCCGCACCUCCUUCAGGACCCUAUCCAGGAUGUUAUAGGGUGUGUACUAAUGGCCCAGGAACCCCAACGACACCUAAACCCAUUGGACCAACUGGUAUCAGUGUGUCGACAAGUUCUCCACACGACAGCACCUGGUCAACAGGAUGGACAAUUACGCAAAUCAUCACGGGUAAAGGUUCCACUGCAACUGCUCCUUCAGAAACAACCAGUGUUUCAUCAUCUUCCACCUCAUCACCUGGCGCUACAACUUCAUCUAGCAGUUCAGAAGAAUCUUCCGGAACAACAGAAGAAAAUGAGAGUUCCGGAAGUACUGCUUCUGGUUCCACUGGCAGUAGUUCUCCUUCACCAUCUGGAUCGACUGAAGAAGGCUCGUCAUCUGGAUCAACUGGAGGAGGCUCGUCAUCUGGAUCUACCGAAGAAGGCUCAUCAUCUGGAACAACUGGAGGAGAUUCAUCAUCUGGAUCUACUGAAGAAGGCUCAUCAUCUGGAACAACUGGAGGAGAUUCAUCAUCUGGAUCAACUGAAGGAAACUCAUCAUCUGGAUCAACUGAAGGAGGCUCUUCAUCUGGAACAACUGAAAGUGGAUCGUCAUCUGGAACAACUGGAGGAGGUUCAUCAUCUGGAUCAACUGAGGAAGGCUCUUCAUCUGGAACCACUGGGAGUGGCUCAUCAUCUGGAUCAACUGAAGAAGGCUCAUCAUCUGGAACAACUGAAAGUGGCUCGUCAUCGGGAUCAACUGGAGGAACCUCAUCAGGAUCAACUGAGGAAGGCUCAUCAUCUGGAUCAACUGAAGAAAACUCCUCUUCUGGUUCUACUCAAGGAGGUUCAUCACCAUCUGGAGCCACUGAGGAAAGCUCACCUUCGGGCACUUCUGAAGAAUCCAGCACUGGCACCACACCUUCAGGUGGUACUUCUGGAACGGCAUCGGGUGGUUUCACUGAAAGUGGAAGCACAUCUUCCGGAUCUUCAAGUGGGUCUACCAAUCAGAACUCCAGUCCUGGUGAAGGGUCUUCCACCGGAACAACAGAAGAAGGAAGCUCUGAAUCAACUGAGCCUACAUCAAGUAGUCCAGGUCAUUGUUUGUGUCCUUGCAGUUGUCCACCACCUAAUGUACAACAAGGCAGAUUUUUACAACAUCACUUGAAGAGAAAUCAUUUAUCCCAACAUAGUUAUGAAACCAAACAAAAACCAAGAAAUCACCAUGAAUCCAAACAACAUGGCACAAAUCACGAAACCAAACACCAUGAAAAUAAAGGGCAUUUAAGUCACCAGUUGAAACAUCACCAGACCAAACACCAAAGUCAUUCAACAAACCAUGAAGUCAAACAUCACGAAACAAAACAUCAUCACGAGGUGAAACAUCAUGGUGGACAUUUUGAAACCAAUAAGCAUCAAGAGAAACACCAUGGUGCCCACAUAGAAACAAAACAUCAUGAGGUGAAACAUCAUGGUCAACAUGAGACCAAACACCAUGAAGCCAAACACCACGGUGAACAUGAGACAAAACACCAUCACGUUGCACAACAUGAAUCAAAGCAUCAUGGACACGAGGUCAAAAAUCACCAUGCCAGUCAUGAAACAAAACACCACGGACAUGAAGCUGAACAUCACCAAGCGAAACACCAUCAACAUAACGAGAAGAAACAUGCAGCUACAGCCGCAUGAUGUGAUACAAAUUGUUGACUUCAGUAAAUGCGACGACCUUAGCUAUAGUUAUUUUGGACAAUGAAAGACAUUGGUUAUGGGGCACCAAAUGUUUUAAGACUAGGUAUAAGAGUUGAAUAAAAUUUUUUCUAUUUUAA